AUGGAUGAUCUCAUUAUCAUUGGAGAUGAUAAAAAAGAGGUUCAUCAAAUAAAGAGUAAUCUAUCAGUACGCUUCCAGAUGAAAGAACUUGGGGAAUUGAAGCAUUUUUUAGGACUUGAAGUUGAAAGAAGAAAAGACGGAAUAUUUCUAUGUCAACAAAAAUAUGCCCAAGAAUUGUUGAAGAGAUAUGGUAUGCUUGAUUGCAAGCCAACCUCGACACCAACAGAAGUUAAUACUAAGCUUUGCUCAGUAGAAGGACGAGAUUUGAAGGAUGCUACAAUGUACAGGCAAGUAGUAGGAAGUUUGAUCUACUUGACAUUGACACGACCCGACAUAGCUUAUGUGGUAGGAGUAGUAAGUCGAUUCAUGCAGAACCCGAAGAAGCCACAAUUGGAAGCUGCACGGCGAAUACUAAAGUAUGUCAAGAAUACCAUUGACUAUGGCAUCUUCUACAAGAAAGGAGCACCAUGUGAAGUUACAGGAUAUUGCGAUGCUGACUAUACCGGUGACCAUGACACUCGGCGUUCGACGACCGGAUACAUGUUUACUAUGGGAUCCGAAGCUAUAUCUCGGUGCAGUAAGAGACAAUCAACGGUGUCUUUUUCUAGCACGGAAGUGGAGUAUAGAGCGUCAGCUAUGGCAGCUCAAGAAUGUUCGUGGCUUAGCUAUUACAAGACUUACGUCAACCGAUUGACUAUCCAGUUACGCUACAUUGUGACAAUCAGUCGGAAUACAUUUGGCAGAGAAUCCAGUGUUUCAUGCUAG